GUCAAACACUUGGCGGCCAUGCACUCAUCUGCGGCUUCCAAGCGAGUAUAUGAACGCGUAACGGUGAGUGCCAUUAACCUGUGUUGACGAGUGAUAUCGGCUCAUGCUUCAGCGCGUGUAGAGAUUUACCAAGUGAUCAGUUCAUCCAACACUUGGUAAGUUGAACUCGCGUCUUCCCCACUUGGAAUUGGAACCCAGAUAUCACAUUGAAGAGGACGAUGAUGGUGGGAAGAGCUGUUUGGAUGCUGACUGUGAUUGGAUGGCUUGGAGUUGUGCAGCUAUACCCAGUGGAAGCUCAUCCUCACCGGAUUCUUGUCGAUACAGAUGUGAACGUUGACGAUGUUCUUGCUUUAUUUUAUCUCUUGAAGCAAAACAAGACGGAAUUCGACUUAAAGGCAAUUACUGUUAAUACAAAUGGAUGGAGUGAUGCCGGGCACGCUGUUCAUUAUGUAUAUGACAUUCUUUCUGUGAUGGAUCGUGAUGACAUUCCGGUUGGUGUUGGAGGUGAAGGUGGUAUUUUUCCAAAUGAUACCAUCCAGCCUAAUGUUGGAGGUUAUCUUCCUAUUAUUGACCAGGGACCAUACACUGCAGGUGGCUGUAGAUACAGACAAUCAAUACCACCAGGUCAAAGUGGUCGUCUAGAUGUAAAUACAAACUAUGGCAUGCGCAAGGGUUUACUUCCGAAGGGUAACAGAAAAUAUGUACCGCUUCAGCAACCUACAGCUCAACAAGUGAUGAAAGACGCGAUAUCUGCAGGUCCCAUCACUGUGUUUCUUAUGGGUAUUCAGACGAAUUUUGCCAUUUUUCUUAUGACAAAUCCUCAUUUGAAGAAAAAUAUUAAGCAUAUAUAUGCCAUGGGAGGUGCUGUGAGAUCAACCUGCUCCGGAAAUCCCACUUCAGUGCUGUGUGGUGACAUUGGUAAUCUAUUUCGACCAGACAGCAAUCCGUAUGGAGAGUACAACAUCUUUGGAGAUCCUUUUGCUGCGUACACGGUAUUGCAUUCUGGCAUUCCAGUCACGCUCGUUCCUCUGGAUGCAACAAGAAUGAUUCCUCUAGAUGAGCCUUUUUUCAGAGCAUUUGAGGAGAAACAGAAUACAUAUGAGGCACAAUAUUGCUUCCAGUCCUUGAAAAUGGUUCGUGAUACAUGGUCGAAUGAUGAAUUUUAUAAGGAAUUUUGCUUGUGGGAUCCUUUUAUGGUUGGUGUAGCGUUAUCUCAAAUGCAUAGUUUAGAGAGAGGUCACAGAGAAAAUGAAUUUGCCAAAUUGGAGUACAUGAACCUCACAGUGGUUACUUCAAACAGACCUUAUGGAAUAUCAGACGGCUCAAACCCUCUCAUUGAUGGGCAUUUGAUCCCAAAGUUCGGUGUACAGAAGAACGGGGUGCAUAGUGGUCAUGUUCAGACGGGAAUGGAAGACCCGUUUUGCCUCAUCAAAGAGGGGAAAGGAAAAUGUCAGGAUGGUUUUACAAAGGAGACAACUGGUGCAGAAGCAGUUACCGUACUUGUUGCAACUGGAGCUAAGCGAGAUCGCGAUAGCAACAGCAUUCGUGCCAAAGAUUUCUAUGGCAGUUUCUUGGAUGUUAUAAAUCGACCUAAGAAAACUGGACGGCCGAAUAUUAGAACACAGCUUCCACUCCAUGAGAGUGUACAUCGAAAACCAGAUUUUGGAAAGAAAUUGAUGGGUAAAGCCCUCAUAUUUGAUAUGGAUAUGAGCGCUGGGGACUUCCUAGUUCUUCUAUAUCUCCUAAAAUUACCUGUGGAACGGGUCAACCUGAAGGGAAUACUUGUUAGUGCUAAUGGGUGGGCAACCGCUGCAACCAUAGAUGUUGUUUAUGACAUACUGCAUAUGAUGGGCCGUGAUGAUAUUCCUGUUGGUCUUGGAAAUGUAUUUGCAGUUGGUCAAUCUUAUUCAUCUUUCUCUUCUCUCGGAGACUGCACAUAUAUCAGUUCCAUUCCUCAGGGUAGUGGUGGUUCCUUGGACUCUGACACACUCUAUGGAUUUGCUCGUGCCUUACCUUGUAGUCCUAGGAGAUACGGAUUCGCAACCAAGGAAUUCCCCGGACUCGGACAGCCAACUGCACUAGAUGUUUGGAAGUCCAUUGUAAAAUCACUCGAUCCAGGAUCCAGGAUUACUUUGUUGACCAAUGGACCUUUGACAAAUUUAGCCGAAAUCAUUCAUUCUGAGAACUCAGACUCAGUGGUCGAGGAUGUAUAUAUUGUUGGGGGACACAUUCACCAUGAUAACGAGCAAGGGAAUCUGUUCACUAUUCCUUCAAACAAAUAUGCGGAAUUCAACAUAUUUCUUGACCCUUCGGCUGCAAAAGCAGUUUUUGAUUCGAAACUGAACAUAACAUUGAUUCCAUUGGGGAUACAGAAGCAAGUCAGUUCCUUCCAGAAUAUUCUUGAUAAAUUAAAGCUAACAGAUACGACUCCUGAAGCUGUAUUUUCCUGGCAUCUGCUUUCGAGGCUAUGGAAACUGAAACAGAAGCAUCAUAGAUACCGUCACAUGGAUACAUUUCUAGGGGAAAUCCUUGGUGCCGUAAUCUUGGGUAGCAGUCAUCCUCAACUCAACCCAACCUUUAAGUUUACGCCUCUCAAGGUGGUGGCCGAGGGAGAUGUAUCAGUAAUCGGGCAGCUACUCGUUGAUAAACAUCAGUCAAAGAUGGUGAAGAUACUGAGCAGUGUAAAUCCUGAGGCAUAUCAUGAAGAAUUUGCUAACAUGUUAGGUGAACAAAAGCAGUCUGCUGUCGUAGCAAGCUUUGUAGAGGAAAAUAUGGUUAUCGGGUGCCUAGGAUCAAGUCGUGGAUCCGGAUUCUCUCUGGAUCUUUCUAUGGGGAGCCUGCAGACCACAUCAUCGCGGCCGUUGAUUCAUAGUAAUGAUAAUUUAUUCUUCUGCCCGGCAGAUGAUGCUUUUGGUUGACAAUUAUCUUGUAUUUAGUUGCAUUGUCAAUUAUGUGCUCUUCUUCCAUAAUUCUAUCCUCAUCACAAUCAAUUUUUGGAAGAAACACAACUCUGUAAUUUUCAACUAUCGAAUAAAAAUUUGCGUUCCAUAGAAU